AAUACUUCCAAAAUCCAGUAUUUUCUAAGCAAGUAUUGCUCUUCGGCAGUCAGUGUUUAAAACAGAUAGAACAGAUUAUACGACUUCAGUAUAAAAAAAAAGUCCCCCAGCGCUUCCAUCCAUCCCUCUCUCUCCCUCCUUCUCUCGCUGCCUCUCCUCGCAGAGACCCAGCCUCCUGUCCGGUCCGCCAUCCUCCGUGCUGCCAUGGCCGCGCAGGCUGCCGGUCGUGAUGCUGCGACGGUCGGACCCGCAGUCUGCACCGAGAUGGAAGAACGGGUAAGAUGCGUUUUGAUAAUACAGGAUGCUCUCUUUGCAAAAACGUUCAGGACCGAGACCGUCCCUUGACAUCGGGCCUUUCCAGGCAGUCUCUGACACGCUGCUGCAAGAAGAUGGAGAGAAACCCUUCAGGAUGCACACCGCCGCAGUACCCGCAACAAUGUCAUUUAAUUGAUUUGGGCACAAUGUUCAGAUUAUUAGGCUAGUGCAGAGGAAAGGAAAAUGAGCUUUCUCGUGUAAGCAAUAGAGAGAGGGCGAGCCGUCGCCCACUGCUGCUGCUGCAGCUGCAGCGUAUGUGUGACGCGCUGAUGUCAAAGCGAGAAGUGAAAGUGCAGCAGCUGGUCGGUCGGUCGGUCGGUGCAUGUAGGUUUCCGAGGGCCAGCUUAUAAUUAGCCGGACAGUGGUCAUGCUUUCACAUAUUUGCGUCUCACUCGUCUUGUUUUGCUGCUGAAUCCGGAGAUUUUGAGCGCGCCUGUCAAGCCGGGUUUCUUCCACUUGGCGGCGACGCCAGCUGACAACAAGUUGGCAGGAAAGUCGUCUUCAGGCUGUGGACUCACUCAUCAGCUGUUCUUCAUCCUUUACACUUCUCCCCAUUUUGUCGGCCUUUUCUUAGGAAGGAGGGAAAAAUGAAGGCUGAUUUGGAGGCUCCUCUGCCUGCUGAACAGGAGGAUAUCGCAAUCCAGUGCCGAGAUGUGUGCCGAUCUUACGGCAAGCUGAAAGUCCUCAGCCACCUCAACCUGACUGUACCACAGGGACACAUAUAUGGCCUUUUGGGGCCUAGUGGAUGUGGGAAGACCACACUUCUGAAAUGCAUUGUGGGAACUCUGAAAAUCUCUCGGGGUCACAUUGCCGUGUUGGGGAAGCCACCUGCAUUCCCUGGGCAUGAUGUGCCGGGGAAGAUGGUCGGGUACAUGCCGCAGGAGCUGGCGUUGUACAGGGAGUUUACAAUAGGCAACACCCUGACCUUCUUUGGCAGAAUCCAUGGUCUGACGUCGAAGGAAACAAAGACACGCAUGGAUUUCCUCAUAGACUUCCUGGAUCUACCUCAGAAAGACAGUCUAGUCCGAAAUCUCAGUGGGGGUCAGAGGCGCAGGGUGUCUCUCGGUGCAGCUCUGCUUCAGAAUCCACGGCUGCUCAUCCUGGACGAACCGACAGUCGGAGUGGACCCUGUUCUUAGGUCUAAGAUCUGGCAGCAUUUGGUGCAGAUUGUGAAGACGGGGAAAGUCUCGGUCAUCAUCACCACACACUACAUAGAGGAGGCCAGGCAAGCCAAUGUGGUCGGUCUCAUGAGGAACGGCUGUCUGCUCGCUGAAGGACCUCCAGACGCACUCAUGAAGCAGCACAAUGCAACAACCCUUGAGCACGCCUUCCUGCAGCUGUGUGAGACGUCGGACCAGAUAGUUUCUAAACGGGGGUCCAGUCCACAAGGUGGGGCGCUGGAAAACAGCCAAUCGUUCGAGAGUGGGCGGGACGAGAGUCAGCCAAUUCUCGUGGUCGGACCAGGAGCUGCAGAGGAAGUUCCAAAAUAUUCAGUGGACUGGAAGGUACGUGCCAAACACGUUCUGCCCAAGUGGAGAAACAUCGCUGCCCUGAUGAUCAAAACUAUGGUGCGGAUGAAGAGAAUGCCAGGCUCAUUGUGUUUCCAGUUCUUGCUGCCUGUCAUCCAGGUCUCGCUGAUCUGUUUGUGCAUUGGAGGAGACCCAAAUGGGAUUGAGGUUGCCGUGGUGAACAACGACUCCGCCCCCUCCGCUUUCAGCCAUUUACUGCUCUCCUUCUUGGACAACUCCAGUGUGCACCAGGUGCCCUUGUCCCAUACGGAAGCUUUGGAUGGGAUCUAUAACGGAGAGUACUGGGGUGUCAUCGGCUUCGGCAAGAACUUUACCAGCUACCUGACAAAAAGGAUGCUUCAGCGGCAGGUCUCCAGAGAGGUGGUUGAUGGAGGAUCAGUACACGUCUGGCUGGACCUGACAAAUCGACAAAUUGGCUUAAUGCUCCAGAAGAAACUACAUGAGGCCUUUCAGGCCUUUGUGGAGAAUAAAUUGGGCAGCAUGGCAUACCUGGUCGCGCUGCCAAUAAAAUUUGAGGAACCGAUCUAUGGCAGCCAAGACACGGACUUCACUACGUUUGUGACUCCUGGAGCUGUGCUCAGUAUCACCUUCUACCUGGCAGUGGGUCUGACGGCUCUCUCCUUUGUCCUGGAGAGGAAGGAGGGGCUUUUGGACCGGUGUUGGGUUGCAGGUGUGAGCUCUCUGGAGACGAUGCUGGCUCACCUCUUCUCUCAGCUGUUUGUCAUCAGCGUUCAGAUCCUCCUGCUGCUCCUCUUCAUACUGCUCGUCUUCAAGAUACCUAAUGAAGGCUCCUUGGCGCUGGUCAUAGUUCUGAUCGUGCUGCAGGGAAUCACCGGCAUCUCGUUUGGCCUCGUCAUAUCAGCCGCAAUCGACGACGAGCAGAAUGCCAACCAGGCUGCCCUGGGCAUCUUCUAUCCUAACCUCAUCCUCAGUGGUAUUAUCUGGCCUGUGGAGUGUAUCCCGUAUCCUCUCCGCUAUGUCAGCCUGGCUCUCCCUCAGACCUACGCCUCAGAAGCCCUUCGCUGUAUAAUGUACCGAGGUUGGGGUCUGUCUCGGAUGAUGGUGUGGCGAGGAUUUGCAGUCACCUUGGGCUGGAACACUUUCUUCAUCAUCCUGGCCACGGUCAUCUUAAAGCUGCGGACGUGACAGCCUCCUCCCGGAGAACCUUCUUUUAGUGUUUGGGACGGAGCUGUCAGGUGAAGUCUAAGAGCACAACGACUCACCUGGGCCUGCUGUCAUGGAGGAUGCAGCAGGAGGAGGCAGGGCGCCACCGUGGUUUAAGGAACUCAUGAGGCGGAGGCAUCAUUUUUCCUCAUUCACACAUACACAUACACACACACACACACACACACACACACACACACACACACACACCAAUCAGCUGCCUGCAACAGUUCCUUUGGCCUCCAAGAGUGAAUUUUCAAAAUGCUACACCUAGAAGUACACAAGACAGAAUAUGUACAUGCACAAAAUGAAAAAAGGUUAAAUAGUUAAUGAUAACUGAGAAAAGUGUUUAGUCCUAUGGUUUGUUUUACUUCUAUGUGCAGCUUGUUGGAACAUUUCACCCCCAGAAUGGGCCAUGUACCAGCUCAGGGUUGCUUUGUAAUUUCUGUUUGCUCUCGCUCUUAAUGCUUAUAGAGAGAUUUGGGGGUGAAUAUACUGAUUAUAGCUGGCGGACAUUGCUUUUGUCUGCACAGUAUUUGUUGCCUACCUUAUAUUCACAUUGUAGAGACAUUGGAUGUAAAUGUGAAAAGGAGUCUGAGCACAAGCAAAUGAUAAAACUUUAUUUUGUCCAGUUGCUUCACUAAGCAGAACACUUAAGGAGAGGAAUUUUGUUGCAUUAUGUUGCGAGAACUCAGAAUAGGUUUUAGAGUGCUGAUUGUUUCAUAUUUUUCAGGAAAUUCUCACCCAUUCAAGUUUGCCACAACAGUAUCUCCUUUAGUUGCUUGCUUUUAUAGUCUGUGUUGAGAUUUCCAUGCCCUGUUUGGUGUGUGACAGGAAGUGGUAACUCGUGUUGGUGUGUUACCAGGUGCUCAGCUGCAAACGGUCGUCCUCAUUCUUAGUUCAGGUUGAUGAUGGUCUCAAAAACGCAUCUCUGGUGAGAGGGGUUUGAUGUUGGUGGGAAAGACUUGGUACUGUAUAAUUAAGUUUUAGUUUUUCUCCACUUUGCUCAACAGAGUGGAAGCUGUUGGAUAAAUUCUUCUCACAGGUCAGGUGUGUCAUGCUUUUUAAGCCGAUUGCAUCCAUGCAACAUAAGUUCGUUUUUUUUACACAACAGUUUCAAACUGCUCAUACUCUACACAGUAUACUUUGUUAUAUGAAUCUUCCACCAACAAUAGCACAGAGUAAAAGCACACAGGAGUAAUGCUGUUUUGGAUUCAACAUGUCACAGAGAUGUGGGGAUGUUGUGGUGUCUGCACUGUACAAGGGAAGAUAUAUCCAGAAAUGAGAAAUAACUAUGAAAUCUAAACAAUGAGUAGUAGGAAUGUAGUUGGUGAGUGGAGUCAACGUUGGUUUAGAACGACUGAGUUAGAGUCAAAAACUUGAUUUUCCUUCAUUUUUGAGUACAAAUAAUCACUCAUAAGGAAUGCUACAUUUUAAAAUAACUCUUUGGGGUUUUUAUGUUAUCGGAUAUCUUUAUAAAAAAUACAACACAAGAAAAUUAAUUUGUUUUAAAACAGUAGGCCAGUCUUUAGAUUGUGGGGUAUUUUUCCAAAAGCUUUUUUAAAAAUAUAUUUUAAGCAAACAUG